CCGGUUGACAAUUGCAUUUCGAACGAAUGAAAUCGAGCGGCGGAGCUCACUCCGUCGCGCGUUCCAAGCAUCUGUCGACGACCGUGAAUUCGGAAUCACGCGCAAUAUCGCCGAGUAAACUUGCGCGAUCUGCUUGUACUCCGGCAAACAAGGCGGCAAGUGCGUCGUAAAGGACGGAAGCCCAUUAUCGAAGUUUACGAUCGCAGUAAAUCUAUAGGCGUGGACGAGUCGAGCUGAUGUUUACCCAUGCGCGAGUCAGCUUUUUAACCUAUUAUAAAUUCAGGGCAGCGUGUUUGCGCAGUUUACCAUAAGCCGGCGCGCGGCCUCGUCGGUCCGAACAAACAAUUCGGCAAAGCGAAUAAAAUGGAAAUGUGCGACUGUACGAGCGAAGACAGCGACGAACCGAAGGCACGCGUUCGCCAAGCAGCCGCUAGCGAUGACAGUGUGCAGGCAGACGCGAUCGAAUUAUGCGACUGCACGAGCGACGACGACACGAGAGCGUCCCCGUGCAGCUGCCGUACGAGCGAAGAGAGCAGUCAGGGAAAAGUGAAAAUUGGCGAGGACUCUGCCGCCGGCAGCGAGGACAUCUCGAUGUGUCCCUUGCCGAUCGUGCAAGUCGAGCUGCGCGGAUCAAUGUUGAAUUUAGCGUCGUCGAGCGCGUCGUCCACGAGCGUGAGUGCUCCGAGACUGCGGCCUCGAGCGCAGCGUCUUUUCGGUUUUGCGUGCUCGCAGUGCGACUGCGCGAGUUCGACGGGCGAGCGCAAGACUCGAUCGAGCCGCUCGAGCCACUCGAAGACGGAGCCGCCGAGCUGCGACUGCACUUCGGCCGGUAGCGAAAGCGCGAGCGCGAAAUCCGAGGCAGAGGAGAAGAAGCUGGAGUGGACUUUGGCGAUAAUCAAGCCGGAAGCGCUCAAGUUCCAGCGCGAGAUCGAGCGAGCGAUGGAGGAGGAGGGGUUCGGCAUCUGCCAGCGCAGGCGCUUACAUCUGACGGCGGAGCAGGCCUCCGAGUUUUAUUGCGACGAUUACGAGCGGAAAGAGUUCGCGCGGCUGGUCGAGUACAUGAGCUCCAAGCCGAUAGCCGUCUACGCGCUUGGCAAAGUGGCGGCUAUUAGCGAGUGGCGGCUGCUGAUUGGCCCGAGCAAAGUAAGCGCGCUCGACGGCUCGACGGACUGCCGGCUGACGCGAUUGGCCGCGCGAGCAGGUGAGCGAGGCCAGGCUGUAUGCCCCGGACAGCAUCCGCGCCAGGUACGGCACGGUCGGCGACGACGCGCGCAACGCGGUGCACGGCAGCCGCGACGAGAGGGCCGCCGUCAGGGAGAUCCGCUUCUUCUUCCCGGACCGUGCAGCAGUGGCGCCGCUGCUGCGGGGCGAGGCCGCGGAGGAGUAUCUGUGGCGGAGCAUGGGCGAGGUGUUGAGCGAGGGCCUCGCCAAGGUAAACGCGAGCGGCCGGCCGCGGCGGGGCUGACGGCGCGCUGACCGCCUUCGCGCGCUUGCAGUGCUGCGAGGAGCGACCCGACGACCCGGUGGCGUGGCUCGGCAGCUGGCUGCUCGACGGCCUGCGGCCCAAGUGCCUGUGAGUGGCGCCGGCCCGCGGCGAGCCGGACUAAACGGCC